UUGGAAAUCUCACAAUGAGGCUGAAAUCAUCAAGGUUAGGUUACCUAUUACUUCAAUUUAUGACUCUGUGUUUUUACACUCAGAUGACAAUGCAAUCCGUCUCUGUACCAAAUUUUAAGCACCAUGUAACGGAGCAGAGUCGUCUGUCGGACAGGAUGAGCCGGAGAUUAACAAGGACUUAUCAACUCUAUAGCCGGACGAGUGGUAAACAUGUACAAGUCCUGGGCAAUAAGAGGGUCAACGCCAAUGGCGAUGAUGGAGAUAUUCAUGCUAAACUUGUUGUGGAAACCGACACAUUUGGAAGCCGGGUUCGAAUCAGAGGAGCGAAAACAGGAUACUACAUUUGCAUGAACAAGAGAGGCACACUUACUGGACGGAGGAAGGGCCGUGGAAGGGACUGCAUAUUCACCGAGAUUGUUCUGGAAAAUAACUACACGGCUUUGCAGAACGCCAAGUACAAAGGCUGGUACAUGGCUUUUACACGUAAGGGUCGACCCAGGAAAGCCACGCAGACCCGGCAGCAUCAGCGAGAGGCCCAUUUCAUGAAACGUCUUCCUCGAGGACACCUGUUAACAGAACAGAAGCCUUUUGAUUUAAUCCCAUAUCCCCCAAACAAGAGGACUAAGCACCAUCAGCGCACAAGCGUGAAUUGAGGACAGAAUCGUAUCUUAUACCGGAGUGCUCUCUUAAUUCGAGUUUAUCUAAUCUAUGUGCAUCCAGAGUUACUGGACA